UUUGUCUCUCAUGAUCUCAUCCUUUUACUGUGCAGGACACUCCUCUCUCUCUCUCUCUCUCUCUCUCCACUUUUUCUCUUCCCCCACCCACAUAUUUCAUCGGACAACAAUGGACACCGACGUCACCAUGGUUCCCGCCGGCGAGGGAUCAUCGAGCGUCCCUGGACCUUCAUCGAAGAAACCUAAGCGCUUCGAAAUAAAAAAGUGGAAUGCCGUUGCUCUCUGGGCUUGGGAUAUCGUUGUGGACAACUGUGCGAUUUGCAGGAACCAUAUCAUGGAUCUCUGCAUUGAAUGCCAAGCUAAUCAAGCUAGUGCGACCAGUGAGGAGUGCACCGUUGCUUGGGGUGUAUGCAAUCAUGCCUUCCAUUUCCAUUGCAUCAGCCGGUGGCUGAAAACCCGCCAAGUCUGCCCACUCGAUAACAGUGAAUGGGAGUUCCAGAAGUAUGGUCACUAGAGCAUUUAGUAGCAUCGCAGCGGACCUGUUAAAGACCAAAUCCAUUUCUUUUUUCUUUUUCUUUUUUUUUUUUUGGGGGGGGGGGGGGGGUGAGAGGAUAGAUGUUAGUUUUGACGUCCAAAAAUCAAAGAUGGUGUCUACAAUGUUACAUUAAGUUUCUUUAGUUGAGAUUAAGAACUGAGAUACUAGAUGCUCUUUUUGAAAA